CAUCACCAUAUCUUUUGGUUGUAAUUUACUUUUUAAACUUUAGCCCCCAAUAUAAAUUAUGUCCCAUAACCUCACAUCUGGCUCGUCCUUGCAGUUAACCAUUGCCGCAAGCAACCCCAACGAGCGGGCCGGGAUCUUCUACGACCACCUGCAUGUCUACGCCACCUACCGUGGACAACAGAUCACACUAGACACUCUUCUGCCUGACUCGUACCAGGGGAAAAAAGAGGUCUUUGUCUGGUCGCCCUUUCUGAACGGAGGGUCUGUCCUGGUGGCGCCUUAUAUCGGGGAGGAGCUCAGCCAAGACGAGCGAUCUGGGAUGGUGAUGAUCAACAUCAGAGUUGAUGGAGAGAUACGGUGGAAAGUGGGGAGCUUCAUAUCUGGGAGGUACCGUUUGUAUGUGCACUGCCCAGCUUAUUUGAGCUUCGGAGGAGAAUAUAGCCCCAAAACUAUUUUAGUUGGGUCAACUGCGAAGUAUCAAUUGGGUCAAAGCUGUCAUGUUGAUUUGUAAACUAAGAACUUGCUUUUCUCCUAUAUAUGGGUUUUGAAAGAUUGGUUCAGAAAUGGGAAAUACAUAUAAUAUGAGAAAUGAUAAUGAAUCUCAAUCGUUGGCUUUACGAUGUUGCAUAAAAAAAACUUUAUAUUGCACUAAGAUUUAAACUUUGUGAGCGCCGGAUUUUGCACUAAAGGAGUUUCGUAUUGCCC